AUGCCCGUGAAUCUUCCUCCUUCUUUUGUAAAUGGAUGUGAACGGCAAGGACACGAAGGAACCGCAUUUCCAAAUAGUAUCAGUUGUUUCUUUGAUGCAAUGGGAGUGUUUGAGAACUCUACCCUCUCUCUGUGGUGUCAUAGCAAUCAGCAUUGCUUGCAAUUGGCCAAAGAGUAUCUGAGCAGUGUGAGGGAAUCAGCAUCUUUCGUGCUGGGUUUAAUGAGUGUUACUAGAUCUAUUCAACCUCCUGGGAUGCCUGCUGGAACCUGCAACUCUUCCUACUCAAUUAUACAUGGCACUGGUAGGGACUCUAGCCAAAGAUUGAGGGGUUUUAGUAACUACGAAAUCAUUCUUUCAUCUAACCUUCUGGCCUCAUCCAGCUGA